CGCAGUCGUCAGUUUUUCUUCAGUCCGCGCGUCCGCAAUUUUCUGUGUGGUGUGCGUUGCUGCUGCUCUACUCUUCUUCUUUCUGCUCCACGGGCAGCGGGAAGGGAAAACACAUACACAUGCAUACUGGGCCCCAUCACAUACAGUAAAAAUAAAUUCAACUUUAUUGCUUUUCCCCGUCGCGUUAUCGUGUGUGUGCUGUGUGUGUGUACAUAUAUAUAUAUAUAUGGCUUGGAAAAGCAACACCAAAAUUUGAUAUGUGCAAAGUUUAUUGACGACUACGUGCUGCCUGUGAUUCUGUUUCGCAUAACUGCUGACACACAAAACAAAACAAGAAGAACCAAAGGCGAAAGCAGUUUUAUUUGUUUAGCCCACCCCACUGUACUCCUAAGUUGUGCAUAUAAAUAAAUCAGCAAGCGAGUGGCGAAAAAACAGCAAAUCAGAGAGAGGAGGCUCAACGCCCGGCCCCAAGGACGUGGGCCCAAAACCCCCAGGAUCCAUUUCCGACAAAACCCAACCCCAUCCAAAACACCCAAAAUACCAAAAUGGAUGACGAUCAGCAGUUUUGUUUGCGGUGGAACAACCACCAGAGCACACUGAUCAGCGUGUUCGACACGUUGCUGGAGAACGAGACUCUAGUCGAUUGCACGCUAGCCGCCGAGGGCAAAUUUCUCAAGGCCCACAAGGUGGUGCUGUCAGCAUGCAGUCCCUACUUUGCUACCUUACUACAAGAACAGUACGACAAGCAUCCCAUCUUUAUACUCAAGGAUGUCAAGUACCAAGAGCUGCGCGCCAUGAUGGACUACAUGUAUCGCGGCGAGGUCAAUAUUUCGCAGGAUCAGCUGGCCGCCCUGCUCAAGGCCGCCGAAUCGCUGCAAAUCAAGGGUCUGUCGGACAAUCGCACUGGCGGCGGAUCGGCCCCCAAGCCAGAAUCCUCUGGACCACAGCAUCAUCGUGGUGGCAAGCUGAGCGGUGCCUACACACUUGAGCAGACGAAGCGGGCACGUUUGGCCACCAGCGGAGCGCUGGACACAUCCGGUGAUGUGUCCGGUUCGCGUGAGGGCUCCUCGAGUCCGUCGCGUCGGCGUCGAAAAGUCAGACGUCGCAGCAUGGAGAAUGAUGCCCACGACAACUCCAACUCAUCAGUGUUGCAAGCCGCCGCCUCGAAUCAGUCAAUCCUCCAGCAGACAGGCGCCGGUCUGGCCGUCUCCGCUUUGGUCAGCACCCAGUUGGCCAGCGGACCGGCAGCCGGAACCAGCAGCCAAGCAUCGUCGACCCAGCAACAGCAGCCAUUGACCAGCACCAACGUUACCAAAAAGACUGAAAGCGCUAAACUAACAUCCUCGACAGCCGCUCCAGCGAGCGGAGCAUCUGCGUCAGCGGCCGCCGUACAACAGGCCCAUCUGCAGCAGGCGCAGACCACAAGCGAUGCCAUCAACACCGAGAAUGUACAAGCCCAGAGCCAAGGUGGCGCCCAAGGCGUCCAGGGCGAUGAUGAGGACAUGGAUGAGGGCAGUGCCGUUGGCGGAGCAAGCGCCGCCAGUGGACCCAAUCCCGCCUCCGCCUCUGCAUCCGCCGUCCAUGCCGGAGUUGUGGUCAAGCAGCUGGCUAGCGUUGUGGACAAAUCGUCGUCGAAUCACAAACAAAAGAUCAAAGACAACAGCGUGUCAUCCGUGGGCUCUGAAAUGGUUAUUGAACCCAAGGCCGAAUACGAUGACGAUGCGCACGAUGAGAACGUUGAGGAUUUGACACUAGACGAGGAGGACAUGACAAUGGAGGAGCUGGACCAGACGGCCGGCACCAGCCAGGGCGGUGAAGGAUCUAGUCAAACAUAUGCAACAUGGCAACAACACGACAGAUCUCAGGAUGAACUUGGACUUAUGGCACAGGAUGCACAGCAACGGGAUCCCCAAGCUCCAAGCAGCUAUGCCUCCAACUCGAGCCAAACUCCGCCGCCACCUGGAGGCACAUCGGCCAGUUCGGCGCAAUCCCUGAUCCGCGACUACUGGUACGAGCUAAAGUUCUCCGAUCUGUUCAAGUUUAUCAAUCCGGAUGGACGAUACCAGUGCCCGAGAUUCAAUUGCCUGAAGAGCUACAAGGACGCCAGCUCGCUGCAACGACAUAUCAGAUAUGAAUGUGGUGGACAGAAAAAAUUUCGCUGUCUGAUGUGCGGCAAAGCAUUUUCACAAAGCUCCCACCUAAAGCGACACCUUGAGAGCGGUGUCUGUGUCAAAUAUUACUUAUGAGAUAAUGUUUUCUUUAAAAUCAAAUAGAAUAAGCGUUAUCCCAAUAGGCAGAUGAUCAACUGAUGAUCAAAAUGAUGAACAUGAACAUGAUUAUAUACACGUAUAUUACACAUACACACAAUACAGCAACACAACAAACAAACAAACAAACAAGAAGAACAAAAUGAUAUAUAGAACAAUUAGAUAAAACCAAGAACAAUUACAAAUAACAAACAACAAAACGAAUUUAUUGGAUGCCACAUCAUUUAUAAAGAAAAUGGAUAAAAAAAACAAAAACCAACCAAUCUAUAUAUAUAGUAUAUAUGAUGAGAAUUAUUGUUGAAACUGAGCAUUAAAGAAACAAACAGAAUACUUAGUUAAAGAACAAGUGAAAAACGAAAUAUUUAACAAGCUAGAACAACAAUAUAUACACAUAUAUAUUAAAUGCAGUCAGUGAACAUUUUAUAGGAUUUUAGUAAAAUGUAAAACCAGAUUUAAAAAACCUAAGAAAACCAACAAAACAAAAAAAAAAAAAAAAGAAACUAAACUAAGGAAUAGAACAGAGAGGCAAACAACAAACAAACGUUAAUAAAACAAAAGUUAAAAAAUUAAACAAAACAAAAAAGAGAAAACAUACACGCAAGGAAGCUAAGAGCAAAACAAUUUUAGUCAAACUAACCAAAACUACGUAAUUUUAGUUAAAAUAUAUAAAUAAUAUAGAAACUAAACCAAGCAAAACUUAGUGAAAUUAACAAAUGAGAGAAAUGCAUAUAUAACAACCGACAGGAAGCGAGAACAGAAACAGAAACAGAAAAAAAGAAAAAAACAGAAAUGCAUAUAACAAAACGUACUGUGUUUAUUUGUUGCCAAAUAUAUAUCUAUUAUAUAUUUCUAAUAUAAUAAUAAUUAAUACAAUUCUUGUUAUGCCACACCAACCACGAAAUUAACUAAACCUGAAAUGCGAGAGUGGAUGACAUCAAAAACAAUAAGAACAGAGCAAGAAAAUCAUCAAACAAACAAAGAACUAUAUGUUAUUGUUUAAGUUGUUAUUAUGCCAGGAACAUAGGACAGACACACCAACCACACCACACUCUGGUUAUCUACAGUGAAACUUUUUGGAGUAACUAACAUGUAACCACAGUGAGGUCUCACUGUAUGCAACCAGUUAAAGCACACAUUAAGUCUCAUAGAGUCAACUUUGGUUAGGCAUCGCGAAUGUUUAGCGGAGGCAGAUGGAUAAAAUGGGGAUUGCAGGAAGAUUUGUUACAUGGUUCCAAGAACGAAAAUAGUAAAAAGAGUUUAUAUACAUAUAUACAAAACAUAUACAUAUGAGGAAACAACCACAUCUACAUAAAAAUAUACACAUAUAGAACUAUAUAUAAUGCUAUAUUAGCAAAAAUGUUGUCUGUUGAACAAAAAAGGAUAUUAAGGAAAGGAAAUUGUUAAAGUCAGUAAAGAAGAUAGGAUGUUGGUAAAUUAUACUCACAUCGCCAAAUAUAAAGAUAUAUGUAUGAGUGGAUGGGUGUGACAGUGUGUGAGUGUGUGUGGGUGGGUGUGCGUAUCCCUGUGCGUGUGUGUGUGUGCCAAUUGGUUAAAAGAUUUUGUACCAGAAAAACAAGAAAUAGACAUUUUGUGCCAUUAGAAAUUCUCCACCAAAACUGAAAAUAAAAAUUCAAUGCUGCUUUAGAGAGGAAGAAGCCAUAGAAGAGAUCGAACAAUAUACUCACAUAUAGAUAUAUAUAUGUAAACCAAUAUGAUUUGUUGUUGCAUUCGAAGACGAUAAACGAUUCUGUUGAGAAGUGUAAUUUUUAGUACAUUUUCGUUGUUAGUUCAAAAAUUGAUUUUAGCGAAAUUUUUGACGGCAAAAGUGACAACUAAAUGCUAUGAGAGUGCCAUUAUCAAACAAAUUUUUAAUAUAUAUAUAUAUAUAUUAUAUAUAAAUGAUAAAUUAUUGAAAUUAUACGAGAAUACAUAUAUAUAUAACCUAAGAAGGAGGCAACUAAAAAUAAUUUCUAGUUAGGAAAGCAGUAAGAAGAAAGGAGCGCAGGAUAUAUAUUGUUUGUUGCUUGUUGAUUGUUAAUCUUUGGGUUGCAGAUAAUAAACCUACGCAUAUAUGCAAAAUACAUGUAUAUGACAGUACAAUAAACAAAUAUUAUAUGAAUACAGAAUACAGAGAAACCAACAGCAAUAGAAAAACUGUAUAAACUCGAAUGAACUAGACAAAUUAUACACAGUAUAAAGGAAGAUAAAAACGAAUGAAAAUCAAUUAUAGUGAAGUACUAACUGCAGUUUAAGACCGACUUUGACACUAAAUCAAACAUCCAAUCGACUUAUUUGGCUAAGAAAACUAAUUACUUGUUAGUGAUAUACGUUAAUUCAGGCAACUAAAUUUAGCUUUUAGUCGGCGGUAAUUUGAUUUUAGUGUCAACUGUCGGAAUUAGCACAUGUUCACCUCCUCCCCCCGCAAAUAACUAAUACCAAAGGCAAAUUUUUGAUUGAUUUAAUUCAAUUUGUUUACAAAAUUCUGCCACAAGUGCAAUACUUCAAAAGUUUGUUAACAAUUUGUCUUGUGCGGCUAUUUGCCAAAGUCAAUUUUUGAAAUGAAUAGUCUAAAGAAACAUUUUGUAACCCCCGAAAGAAAGAAAACCAAGCGAACAAGACAAAUUGUGGAGCUUUUUGAAGAAAAUAGUGAAAAUAAUGCUUUCAAAUUAGUUGAAAUUUAUUUGAGAAUUAUUCGCUUUACUUGUAUAAUUUAUGUUUUUUGUUGAACUAAUUUACUAAGAUCUUGUUGCGAGUAGCUAAAUUAUUAUUAUUAUUUUUUCGCUGUUAAAGUUUAGAUAAAGGGAAUGAAACAUGGAAUGUUUCGAAGUAACUUUUUUGUUAAAUCGUUUUUCUUUAAAUUAGUUUUAACACUGUUUUAAUAUUAUUAUUACACAUACAAAUAUAUAUCGUUUCACAUUAAUUUAACCAGAGAACUCUUUAUGUUUUAACUUUUGUUAUAUUGUUAAAUAAUAUUUAUUGACUAAGAGCAGAAAACCGUUUGCGAAAAAAAACCAUAAAAAAAAUUAGAGUUAACUAUGUAAGUUACAAAAUAAUGAACAAAAUAUACUCCAAAGAAACCAACCAAAAAUAUAUAUAUAUACACACAUAUAUACAAGGACAUAUACAUAUACCAAUAUAUAUAUAUUUUAGACGAAAACUGAACAAAGCGAAAACAGCAAACAGACAAGAAAACGUUUUAGUAAAAGUGUAUUUGGAACAAAGAAAUUGCCAUAACAGUCUAAAAGGAUUAACGAAUAUAUAUAUAUAUUAUAUAUAUAUAUAAUCAAACCAAAAACAAUAAUUACCAGAACAAGAGCAACCAAGAACAACCGGAAGGAAAGUUUAAUUGUAACGAAAGUUGUUUAUUUUUUGUAGCGUAAUAUUUAACAACAAUGAAACCGAGUAAAUUGAUAAAUGAUAUAUACAUAUAUUUAUUGUUAACGAAACCACGGAAAAGGCGAAAUUAUGAAACAAAUUUAUACAACAGGAAUAAUAAAUAAAAGUAAACCGAGAAAAAGCAAGAAAAACUUUCAUUGACGAAGCUGAUAUUGUUAGUACCUUAAAAAAAAACAUGAAAUAAAACAAAAACCAAUUAAUAAUUAUUAAUAAUUGUAAUAACAAGUGGUAGGAUUAAACAAUGAACAAAAAAUAAAAACAAAAAUUGAUGUAACCAAAACCAAGCUAAGACCAUUUGGGAUUAUGUUUUAAUUUUUCGAGAAACCAUUUAACCCCAAAAAUUGUUAUUUUUGCGAAAACUGAACAAAUGGCAUUAUAUAUGGAAUCGUUUAUAUACACAUUGUUUGAAGAAAGUGGUAACAGAAAAAAACAAAACAAACAAACAACAAGAAUAAUAAAGAUUGAUAUUGAAAUGUUGAAACCCCAAAAAAUAAA